UUAAGCCAUGUUCUUCUUCUUUGUUGGAGGAUUAGAGCAACAAGUGCGACAGGUGCUGAAAUCCGGUGCGGGCAGGUGCAUCAUCUGCGGCUCACGCGCCGAUCUCGUCGACUACGACAAGGUUCUCAAACUCUUCUUCGUUCCCGUGUGGCGCUGGCCUGGUAAAGACCCUCUCUUAUACUGUCCCAAUUGCAAGUUCUUCUUUCCUCACUCUUAUUCCCUUCCACCCACCGCCACCAACGGAUCUCCGCCGCCACCGGCGCUUCCCGAUGCCUUGCGCUGCCGCUUCUGCGACCGCGCGGUGGAGGCCGAUUUCCGAUUCUGCCCCUUUUGCGGCUCCGAAUUGUAAAGAACAGAAUGUGAAGGGUUUUGAGAAUCUAUAUGUAUAACAAAAACAGAAAGUUAGGUUUUGUGGGAUUAAUAAUGU